AUGCCUUUGACAAAGCACCAGAAACAGGACACUUCUGGAAGGAACCCUAAGGCCUGGCGUCGGCUUGUGCAGGGUGUGUUCUCUGGUUCAGCGUCCGUGAAAGAGCGGCAACCAGCAAUAUCCAUAUCACGACCUUCGGAUGUGCAGCACGUCCUCAAUGCACGCGUUCUACGUGAAUGGUCGUCCGAUGUGCUGGACUCAUUGGACGCGCAAGAAGUGGAUGUUUUUGAGCUAGAAGAUGGUAGAACAAUCGUUGUUGGUCCUGGCAUGGCGGCUUUGCCGACCUCAACAACGUCCGUUGGAGCCUUCCGCACUCGAAGGAACGAAUCCCAGAGGUACGACAUGAACGAGGACGGUAGUGUGUACCGCGAAGUGAGCCCUCCUCGCGCCAACUAUUUGAGACCACCUCAAGUAGAUGCUCAGCCAAGUAGUCGACCACAAUCGCCAAUGGACCUCGAUUUAAACUCGCGCUUUCGCUGGUUGCCUGAGGGUAAUCGCCCAAAGUGGUACAGACUCUACGACGGCUGCGAACACACCAGGCUCGAGAAUAGUGACAACUACUUGUGCGCCACCUGUCGGCGUAUCGAUAUGUUCGCAAUAUUGAAUCAACCCGAAGUAGAUAGCAUCCCUCCUCUUACUGAGUUUAUUGUGCUAGGUCCAUUGCAGGCCAUAAUCCAGAAAAGAGCUUGUGGCUUUUGUCGCUUAGUCAUGCGCAUGUGGUCCCUCGAGAUCUUUAAAGUACUACCAGCGAACGCAUCUGGGGCUGAGGUCGAAAAGAAGUUUGUCGACUCACUUGUCGCUGACAGCAACGAUAUUUACUAUCUUUACCCUGUUCGUUUCAAAUCCGAAUAUGGCGUUCCAGCCUUGCACCUCGCUCGCAACAUCUGGAAUGGGCAAAGGCAGAGCGUCGUGUUGAGCGGAUCUAAUAACAUUUUACCUGCAAGAAACCUGGCCAUCAGACCAGUCCACCGGUCUCAGCGAAGACUUGGACGCUUGGUCGUGAAGGACAGAAUAGAUACCGAAUGGAUCAGGACACGUCUAGCACUAUGCGAUGAGAGAUCUGCAGGACCACCUCGUGGAGUCAGUGGCACUCUACGAGCAAUUGAUGUCAAUGCAAUGUGUAUCGUUGAUCUUGAAUAUGGUGCACGAUAUGUUACUCUGAGCUAUGUAUGGGGCAAGACCUCAUCUAUGCGCCUCACUCGAGAAACCGAAAGAGAGCUGUACGAACCUGGAGGCCUAUUACGAUUUAUUGACCUCAUACCCAGGACUAUUCGCGACUCGAUGAGACUUGUGCGGGAGAUUGGCGAGGAACAUUUGUGGGUCGAUGCGCUCUGCAUCAUACAGGACGACGAACAUGAUCUAGACUCACAGAUCUCGAGAAUGGGAGAGAUAUAUGGCCAGUCAACACUAAGUAUUCAGGCCUGCUGUGGUGAAGAUGCCUCAUAUGGUCUCCCGGGUAUUGAACCUGGUGGUCGUCAAAUCAAACAGGUCUGCGAAGUUGUUGGUCAUACUGUUUUAAGCAACAUGCUUCCAGGUGAGGAACUGUCUCAGAAAUCUGUAUGGGGUACAAGAGCCUGGACGCUUCAGGAGAAGUUCCUCGCGCAGAGGAAAUUGAUUGUUACGGACGAAGUCAUGCAUUUUUGGUGUUGGCACACCUGUUCACCUGAAGACGAGAUCGAUGCACACGAAAGCUGGCCAAUUGGUACGAGGCACAGGCAGAUGAUCUUCUUCAAUGACGAUCACGAUCGUGUUGUCAGCAGACGUGGUGCUAUGUGUAACCUUGACCUCUUCGCUUUCAUUAUUUCUGACUAUACUCAAAGGAAUCUGUCUCAUCCGGAAGAUGCAGAAAAGGCUUGUCGUGGUAUCCUCAACAAGCUGGCAGGCUAUUUCCGAGGUCGCUUCAACUACGGUCUUCCAAACACAGAGAUGGAGGAUGCACUUUUGUGGUGUCCCAUUGGUCCAAGCAUACGCAGAAUCAACGUGAGCACAGGAGAGCCGCUAUUUCCAAGCUGGAGCUGGCUGGGUUGGAUUGGACAUGCGGCUUACCCCUGGCUGAUCGAAAGAAGGUUCCCCCCAUCCGGACUGAACUCACCACUGCUCUGGAAAACGAUGGACACCAGUGUUCAUUGUUAUAGCGGACAAGAUUACCGGCUAUCAAGUCAGAUCGGCAAGGAGUUUCCCUAUUCUGGAUGGGAACGGCUCGCACAAGAUCCGUGGUGUUUCCAAGAGGAAGGAGCCUCCGCAGACGCUGGUUUUCCGUUUCUCCAUCCGAUAGAGCACGCCAGUCGUAGUGACAGGCUAUGGCAUUCUCUCGAUGAUUCAGCUUCCAAACAAUUGCGCUUCCAGACACUCAGUGCCAUGUUCGAGUUGGGAGACACAAUCAAACAACGCAAGCAGAACUACAAUUACGAACCCAAAGUCUUCCAGCUACAGGUGCUUAGUUCCGCUGGUUACAGCGCCGGUUAUAUUUAUGUUCCUGAUCCAGACAGCCGACAGGAGUUCAUCAUUGUGUCACGGGCAAGUUUAGACUCCGACCCUCGGGUAGGAACCGAUUUCUUGGAGGAGAAUUUGGUACAAUCCUCGCUCUGUAUGACGAUGCCAUCUUCAGCGUAUGGAAGCACUCGGUGGGAUAGAGGAGACGAAACAGCAGAUGGGAGCAGUCUUGACCCGGACGCGUACUUUGACAAUCGAGUGUACUACAAGACCAAUCCAUGGUGUCUGUUCAAUGUGCUCAUGAUUGAACGCGAUAGGUAUGGUAUUGCAUAUCGGCUGUCUGUCGGCAGAAUUCACAUUGGGGCAUUUAUGGCUGAAGAUCCUGCGUGGGUGGACGUUGUGCUUGAGUAG